CCGACCUGAUGAGCUUUGAGUCAUCCAGCACUUCUGCACCAAAUUAUUGAAAACACAGGGAGCCGCAAGACCGCAACAGAUGGUGCUCGAUAGGCGUGACGGCAUCGCCUUCUCGGACUCGAGAUUGGCGACGGAGUUCGCUGAAGAGCGGCGGAAACUGAGGCGCUGGAUCUACUCGCCGGCGUCGGAGUCCGGGGUUGAUCCUUAUUGCCACCACCCUCGUCGUAACAUUAACAACCUCGACGACGGAUGUCUCAUGCACAUCUUCAGCUUCCUUUCCCCAAUCCCAGAUCGGUAUAACUCCGCACUGGUUUGCCACAGAUGGAAUUUCUUGGCAUGCCACCCACAUCUUUGGCUGCGAGUUGACCGUUCCCUGAGGGAUCUUUCCCUUCCCAGAAUUUUCCCGAACAUUGAGACAGCUGUAUCUGCUGCAAGACCUGGGGACACCAUUCUGAUUGCAGAUGGUGGAAGUCAUCAUGUUUCAAAUAUUCAGAUCAGAAAGCCACUUUGCCUGGUAAGUCGGAAUGAAAAUAAUGUUCUUAAUCUGCUGGUUCAUCUUUCCUCUUUCCCAUUAUCUUGUUUUGAUCUUGAAACCAUCACUGCACUAGGAGGUUGCGGGAGGUCGGUUUGAAUAAUAAAUAAUCAAUGCAUUUAAUAUUUAAUGUACUAAACAUUUGGUACCCUAAUCCACAUAGCAGAUCUAGAUAUCUUAUGUACUUCCUCCGCCCUACAAAAAGGUUUCGCAAUGGAAUCAAUGCGGUUACUAAGAAAAGUGAAAUUGUGUGGUUGGAAAUGGUGCAGACUGCAGAGGAUAGAAAAAUAAUACUGUAUAUGAAAUGGAAAGUGGAAUCUUUUUUUGGGACGAACGAAAAAAAAGAAAUGUGGAACCUUUUUGUGAGGAAGGAGUAAUAGAAUUGAUCUUCCUUUUAGCUAUGAUAUUUCUCUCCCUUUUGCUACUUCAACUCUGUUCUACAGAUUGGUGCAGGUCAAAUUCCUGAUGAUACUGUAAUUACUUGCUCCCGUGGUUCAGACAGGUAUGGAAAAUUUUCAUUACCACCUCUGCUUGGAAGUUAAGUGCUGCUAAUUUCAUCCAAAAAAAAGUUUGUUACAAGUACUACAAACCUGACUCUUUUUUGGAUGGAGGUCGGAAGGAGUAUGAGGUACUCGCAGUUGUCAUACUAGUCAUUCAAAGCUUGUAUGGUUUUUUUUGGGUGGGGGGGAUUUGUUUCUAUUUUUGAAUUUGCCUCUAUUUAUUAGUCCUGGGCUCCUUUUGUUUCUAGGGAAUGUAGCAUAUUCCUCGAAAAUAACUUGUUCAAUGUCUAAAGAAUCUAAGGAAAUAUUUUCUUUUGGGUAAAUCUUGGUUGUUUCUAAUUCUAGGAAAAUCUUUCUUGCAAAAUAUUUUCACAUCCCAAACAUAGAUAACAUUUUUCAUGAAAAAAACUUGUAAACAAACAGAGCUUUAGAUUAGAAAAUAAGCAUGUCUUUACCUCCCAUUUCCUUCAAACUUACCACACCACACCACCGAACAAGGCUUAAGAUAGUCAUCUCUUGCGACCCUUUUUUCCCAAGUUUCUUUCUUUCUGUUUGAGCAGUGCCUUGGAGUUCACAUCCACUUGCAAACUAUCCAACUUAACAGUGAGGGCAGAGCUUGGCUGCUGCUUGCUUCACCGGAGUGGAAGGUUGAUCAUUGAUGGGUGUCUUCUUCAGUGUGAAACAAACCCUUUGGAUCAUCUGUCCUAUGCAAUUGUUAGCACAGCUAGUGCCGACAGUGUUUCGGUCUCGCGGACCCGAAUCGAGGGAGGUUCAAAGGCUGUUCUUACGAGUGGCACACUCACACUGCAGCAAGUCCGGGUCAUUUACAGUAGAACUUCCCUCUUGUUCUGGUUCAAUGUAGGGGGCGAUGGCGAUACUACUGCGCAAUCUUCAUCUGGUAAAUUAGUCGUUGGUUAGGUGUAUACAUUUAUUCGUUUUAGCAUUCUUUUCUCACUGCCCCCCCCCAAUAUUGUUCUGGCUUGUUUGUAACUUGUAACUUAACUUGGUUGUAUUUCUAAUAGUGUAAAAAUAAUUUCAUACUUUCUUUGUCCCCUAAGACAGUACAAGAAACAUUUAAAUAAGGAAAAGGUAGAAUU